GGACGUUAUUCACACAAUCAGCACACCACACGGACAAGUACAGAGGAUCGUCGUGUUCAAGAAAAAUGGAGUUCAAGCCAUGGUUGAAUUUGAAAGUGUGGAAUCGGCGACGAGAGCUAAAGAAGCGCUACACGGCUGUGACAUAUACUCGGGAUGUUGCACACUCAAAAUCGAGUUCGCUAAGCCUGAAAGAUUGAACGUGUUCAAAAAUGACCAAGACAGUUGGGAUUACACACUAUCUGAGGAUGUGCCGCCAGUACAGAGAAGUGCUCCCUUGCUACAAUCUCCACAAUAUACCGGUGGCAGACCACAACCUUACAACAUGGACUACGGCAGUGGAGGUCCUCCACCUCCAGGUAUGAUGAAGGACAGACACGGACCGCCACCUCCACAUCAUCCGCGCGAGCGUGGCUAUGGACCGGAGGGCUACGGCGGUGAGGGAUUCGUGCCACCACCGCCCAUGCAUCACCCAUCCAUGCCUCCACAGAAUCAGGGCGGGCCCCCGCAGCAAGGCGCCGUGAUGAUGGUAUAUGGGCUGGACCCCCAGACGGUGAACGCUGACCGACUGUUCAACCUCUGCUGUCUCUAUGGAAACGUUGUCAGAAUAAAAUUCUUGAAAACAAAAGAAGGUACGGCGAUGGUCCAGAUGGGAGACGCGGUGUCUGUAGAGCGAUGUGUCCAGAAUCUUAACAAUGUCACUGUCGGCGACUACACGUUAACGUUGGCUUUCUCAAAACAAGCGUACCUGUCAGAGGUAAUGAACCCUUACCCACUCCCGGACAAGAGUCCGUCGUUCAAGGAUUACGUUGGCAACAAGAACAACAGGUUCCUGACCCCUGCCUCCAUACAUAAGAACAGAAUACAGCCGCCUUCCAAGGUGCUGCAUUUCUUCAACACACCGCCGGAUGUAUCGGAUGAUCAACUUCUCCAGGUGUUCAAAGACUACGGUGUCACUCCACCACACACAAUCUCCAAGUUUCCGCUGAAGAGUGAAAGGUCAUCAUCAGGUCUGAUGGAGUUCCAGAAUAUCUCCCAGAGUGUGAUGGCGAUAAUGGCCUGCAACCACGCGACUAUUCAGCAUCCAGGUGCAAAAUUCCCGUUUGUAAUGAAACUCUGCUUUUCAUCGUCGCGGCAAAUUGGCCAAGGCAAGGGCCAAAACCCCAAUAAGAGUCAAAAUCAAAAUCAAGAUCAAAAUAACCAGAGACAAGGUCAAAACAACGGCUUGGCUGAACAUGAAUACUACUAACGGCGUGAAGGGGCCCACACACACACACAUAUCAAGACGGACGGCACACACACACACAGGCACACCACUACGAGUGCGGGGGGGAGAUUUGGGGUUGCCGCUAUAAAACAAAAAAAAAUAGAAAAAUUCACCCGCUUUCACCACAUCCCUCAUUCGAAAAAAGUUACCACAGAAAUCGAAAAGCGGGCGAUUUUUUCAAGGCGGCAACAUUUUUGAAUAAUUCCUUAUUUUUACAAUUUGUGAUUUAGAUCACUCUUAUAAAGACAUUAACAGUUAGUUUUUUCUUAAUAUAAUUUUAGACACAGUAACAUGUUUUUUUUUUUCAUAUUAUUACACAUUUAUACAUUUCCAUUUUUUUUCUUUGUUUUUUGUUUAGUGCGGAGCGAUGCUCUGUUGAAUGCGUCUGCAUUUUGUUUGUGGACUUAGCAGUUUAGGUAUCUAUUAAGUAAUAUUCCCAUUUAAUUUGAUUAAUUAGCUUUUAGUUACUUAUUAUUUCUGCAGUGUUGUUUUCAACCUGAUUGAUCCACAUUGACGUAAAACUGACCGGUUUGAAGACAGCACUGUUUCCUGUUUUAGUGAGGAUUUUUUUUAGUAAAAAAAUGAUAUUAAUUUGUGAGUAAUGUUGAAAGUACUUAGUUUUCUUUGUUGUUCCCUUUACUGGUGCGCAGUAUGGGGCAACGAGUCCGCGCGUACAUAUACCUAGAAACUCGGUUGUUUUGUAAAACAUUACAGUUGUGAAAUGUACAAGAAAUAAAGAAACUGAGCUAUAUUAUAGAAACGAUUGUUUUAUUUUUGGUUUUGGAUAGACCACGCUUGUGCUUGUUUCUUAAGUUUGCACCGUUAUGUCGGUAGAGAUCUAUCGACCGAUUCAAAUGUUUUAAGAACCAAAAUUAUAUAAAUUUAAGAUAGUUUAGCACUCUUUAGGUUAGUAGUAAGUGUCAUUGCAAUGUCAAUUAUAUUCGAUUAGUGGAUGAAAAAUAAAAACAGUAAAGUUUUCUAAAAAAUUUUCUUAAAAAAUAUAGCGAUGAUUCGAUAAAUAAGCCUUGCACAAGGAUUUAGUAUAAGGACAGAUCCAAUGGAGACACCAUAGCACCUUAGUCGCGCUGGUUGAAGAGUAAAAUAUUUUUUGUUUCGUGUCUAGAAAUAGAUGUUUGUAUGGUGUGGCGUUGUAGCUCGUCUAUAUUACUGUUUAUGAGUAGUUCUACUUGAAUGUCUAUUUAUUUGCGAAUAUUGCUAGCAAUCAAUUAAAGAUGUCAAAUUACAUAAACAGUUUUAUAGCCAGCAUUCGACUAGUCUUUAAUAUAGCUGAAUUUAAUAAAUGUUAUCAGGUUAUAGAUGCAUAUCUUUUUCUCUAGGAAUAUUUUCGAAUGGAAAAAUUAAAUGUUCUAGGAUUAGGACCUGAAUGUCAUGAUAGCUAACCAUUGUGUUGAAUGUACAAAGAAAAUUUAGUGAAUGUUGUUUUUUUUUUAAUUGUCAAUAAAUAAUUUAAUGUACCGACUAAAUGACACUAUUCUACUCAAAUAAACUCAUGAUGAAUAAACACACGUUUUAAACAUUAAAAAUGACUGCUCAGAUAUGGAAGUUUACAUUAUUUGAUAAGGUGAUUCAAUGUGCGGUCAAUUUUAAUGUUUAUUCACGAUAUGUCGCUAAACGAUGCUUAACAACGCAAAUAAAGCACAGUGAGACUUCACUAGUGAUUAUUAUUGUAUUUUCAUUUCAUUUCUAGCCUACUUUUUAUUGAUUAGGUCUGUAGUUACAUGAUAAAACAUUAAAUUACAUGUCAACACAACUAUUUCUUUCAUUUCAAACACAACCACUUCAUAUAACACGGUAACACUGAUUUUCAAACCAAUUUAUUGUUGCAUUACAGCGUCGGGUUCGAUUCCCGUGUAGCGAAAAGAUCUUUACACUUCCUGGUAUUCGAAAUUCUCGGUAAUUAUAGGGAAUUUAAAAUAUUUGUGGGUUUACACAUUGUAAAGUUUCUGUCUACCUGAUGAAAAUUUGGGCGUUUCGUUUUGACGCACCUUUUCCAUAUAGAAAUAACUAGUGUAAUAUUAAUUGUAAUAAAUAAGAUAACAGCAGUCCUU